AUGUCAGCAAGCAUUUUCUCCAUUUCAGCUCCUAUCUUUACAGGAGAGAAUUAUGAUCUCUGGGCUAUCAAAAUGACAGCAUUCUUGAAGGCCCAUGAUCUAUGGGAGGUUGUUUCUACAAAUGCAAUUUUUCCAAGAAUUUUGGGAGCUCAAACAGCCAAGGAGGCAUGGGAUAAACUGAGAGAUGAGUUCCAAGGAAGUGAAAGAGUUAGAUCAUGGGACAAGCUGAGAGAUGAGUUCCAAGGAAGUGAAAGAGUUAGAUCAGUCAAGCUUCUAACUCUAAAGAGAGAAUUUGAGAUGUUGAGGAUGAAUGAAGGAGAAACCAUAAAGCAUUAUUCCUCAAAGCUAAUAGAGUUGGUGAAUCAAAUGAGACUUUAUGGUGCUCAAUUUCCUGAUAGUCAGGUUGUUGAGAAGAUUCUGAUUAGUCUUCUGGAGAAAUUUGAGUAA